GCCCAUUUAUGACCCUAUCCUGCUAGCUCUUUUAACGGGCUGGAUCUAUUCUUAGACUUUAGCCCGUUUAUUAUCUCAUCAGUUUUGCUGUAAUUUUCAAGACAAUAUUUAAAUCAACUGAAAAACAAAUCAUAAGACUUCUUCUUAACACAUAGACAUGACUAAAAACUACUGGAUUUGGGCUUAGUUUUAUAAACCCAAAAAAUAUGAGAUUUUCAGGCUAAGCCCACUUAAUUUUAGGUAUUUUGGACAUAAAUCCGUUUGGGAUAGGACCGGUCCGAAUACCCAAAACUUUAUACUUUAGCUUAAAUAUUAUCAUUCUUAUAAUCAAAACCAUUAUUAAUAUUGACAUAUUAUUUUAAUAUUUUUAUCCAAAUUCUAAUAAAGUAAAUAUAAAAGUUGUUAAUGCACUUUAUUGUUUGAUCAUUAUAAGUGUCAUAUUUUUAAUUUUGCAAAUACACUUUCUUCUUUUGUGUACAACAUAUUUUUUUAUUUCAAAAUACAAUGAAAAGUUUGCCAUAUUUAUCAAAAAUUGCAUUCUCUUAUAUAUAUAUAUUUAAUUUUAAUUUAUAUUUGAUUAUUUAAAUCUUAUUAAAUUUGGUAUGUUUAUAAUAUGUUUUUAAAGCAUACGAAAAAUAAAACAUUUUUGAUAAAGAAUAAAAGUUUAAACUUAAUUUUUUUUUUAACUAUUUUUAUGAAAAUUCAUAUGUAUUAAAAAGUUCAAAAAAAUCCGAAAAGCCCUAUAGCCCUAUAAAAGCCGAGCUAGACUUAAAUAUUACGGGCUUAGCGGGUUUGGACCGGACCAGUCCGAAUUGACACUUCUAUUAUAGCACGCUACUAAUAGGCAAUAGCGUUUUAAUUUAUUUCCACUUAAAUCUAAAGUCUAGAGAUGCAGGUUGCAAUAGCCUAUAUGUUGUUAACUGAGAAUAUUCUGCAAGGUAUAGCAUCUUUUCUGCUUUUUUAUGUAGCAAAGAAAGAUUAUUAUGCUAUGUUAUUUGACCUACCACUUAAUUUUACUUCUGAUUACUUGAGCUAGGACCACACCUCCAUCUUCUAAACACCGCAUUACUUUUGUAAUAAAUAUGAUCAAUCCGCGACAAAAUCUUGUUUCUUUAACUUGAACGAACGAGACUAUAGAUUAAGUCACAAUAAAUAUUUACCCCCACGAGUACAUGGAACCCUGUGCAACUACUUUGCUUUAGGACGCUUUUUCUUUUGUCUCGUUACAAUCAUUUGAACACAAUCGAGGAGAUUAAUUAUUGAUUAAUGUAAUCUAAAAAUUUGCAAAUUGUGAAAAAAAGAACCUUAGACGAUGGUGGACGUUAUCGAUCAUAUUAAUAUUAAAAUGAUGGCAACUUGGGGUUUAUAAAUACCAAGUUGUAACAUAGAAAACGAAUCUACAUAAUGUAGAGCGACCGAGAUUUGAUUGUUUAGAUCAAACACAUUAAAACCAGUAACCUACUGUCUUAAUUUUGGUUGUUUAUUAUGAUUUAUGAAUGGUGACCAAUUAGAAUGUCAAGAAGUGUAGAGCAUUUAGGGGAAGUUAUGAAUUACAACGCAUGGUACCAUAACGUUCGUGAAUACAUAAUGCUCAAAAACAUAAAUUAAAUUUCGUGAACAUUUAGAAUAUUUUUCGACACUCUCUUUUACAAAAUGUGCAUGCAUUCAGUUUUGUAGCGUUUUUCACCUCGUUCGCCUGGCAGGUUUUGGGUAAAUUCAUUUGUUAGUUUUAAACGUUUACUCCAAAUACUAGCCGAGAGAAAGUAUAAUUUUAGUAUUUGGCGUUUUACAUGUUACACAGCAAUAAGAAAACCUAUUCCAACAAUGUGAAAAAAAUAUCAAAUAUUUUCAUAUAAACACAUAAAUUACGUUUGGAAGCAGUCUAGACUUUAUUUUCGGUCAAAAUUUUUACAUUUUUAAGUUUUACAAAUCAGCAUAAUCAUUUCUAAUACAUGAAUGUGAUUCUUCAUUCUAUUCACAUAUAUGCUAAUGAUUUGUUUCGGUAGAGCACAUAUAUAUACAUGUCAAAUAACUGAAUCACUAUAUGGCUAUAUGCUAGACACCUAGUCUUAGAGUUUUUUCCUAGUUUUAGAGUUAUUACGGAAUUAACACGACUAAUCUAUAUUAUAUAUAUAUAUAUAUAUAUAUACUUUAGUUAUUAAUUAUUGUAAAGCACAAUACUUGUAUACUGAAGUAGCAUAGAGAGAUCACUAAUUAGGCAGCUAUAUAUAAGCAAAUAACAGUUUCAACUCUCCGCUCUAUCGGACUUGACAGAGAGAAAAAAAAACAUCUUAUCAAAUUUAGUCCCGCUAGAUUGUGAACUAACGCUUUUGUUAAGUAUGUCAUGAUAUUACAACACAUGAUUUACGAUUGGUUAAUUCAGAAACACAAACUCCACUAAUACUAAAGCGCACACACAAUUCCUAGAAUACAAGAUGUCAUACUGAAAUUCCUUCUCUAUAUAAUGAUUAAAGAUGAAAGUGUCUUGUUUUGUUUUGCCUUCUUCGUCGUAAACGCAUUCGAAAAAAAUGAUUUUGUUGGUUGAUUAACUCCAUGUGCAAAUUCAGAGUUGAUAGGCUUUUGGGACUCAUCCUAAGUCAUAAACUUAUAAUUAACCGCAUCCUAUAAAUGGAGUCUGCCAGUUCUUUUGUAUAACAAGGAGUUUGCUGGUUGCCCUUUUCAACCUUCAAACUAUUCGCCACAUUGCAGUUUUGUACAUUGCAGUUUUUAUUAUUGAUCGACAAAUAGUAUUAAGCAAAAGAAAACAGUACAGAGUAGAAAAUAUGCUGUUAGAUGAUAAUUGUUAUGUUUAAAAAUGGUUUAGUUUAAUAAUAUAUAGCUGGAUCACGUUUUUGUAACAAUACUAUACGAUUAAGCUUGUUUUGGUCGGUGUCAAAGAGCAGAGACAGGACACUUUAGCUCAGUUAAGAGUUAAAUGCAGAUCAAAUCAUAUUACUAUUUAAGCAUCUUUGCAUUCAUGCUCCGAAUGGUAACAGCGGAUUGAGCGGUGCGGUUCUGACAGUUAUAAAAACAUAUAGAUAUAUGGUAUAUGUAAAGAUUUUUGUUAAUGUUAACUGCGGUGCGGUACGGAACGAAUGUUACCAUUCGGAGCCUCAGAAUAUGAGAUUCAAAAUUUCUGACAAAAGUCUUACUUAAAUUAUGUAUAUAUAUAUUGUAGUAAGAAAAACAUAUUUUCUAAACUAAGGACAUAAAAUAAUUUAAUUUGUUGAUUCUAACUAGCAUGUAUUAAAUCUUAUUUUAUAUUAAUUUAUACAUACAUAUUAAUUUUAUAAUUUAAAGAAUCAUUAAUUUAAGAAAUGUUGAUUUAAAUUAUAUUUUACUACAGAUGACAAUUUUAUUUAAGAGAAACAAAUAUAAUUUUCUGAUUACUUAAUUAGAAACAUUGACGAAUAAUUUUAUAACCAAAAUCAUUUCUAUGUACUAUAAUAAUUUUUUUUUAAAAAUGAUAAUCUGAAGAUUUCUGGCGAGCCGUGGUCCAACUAAUUUUUUUGGAUUUGUCUAUCUAUAUCAGAUAGACCCAGUUUUACUUUAGAAAUAAAAUAUUCAUACUGCCUGAGCACAUAAACAAAUAUGUGAGAUACUAGAUUUUUAAUUCAAAGUGUUUAGCACCUCUUCAAAUCCGUCGGACCACGACUAUGUUUAUAUAGUUAGUUAUUAAAGGUCUUAGACCACCUCCAUUGAAAAUUAUAUCCAUUAGACUUCUUAAAAUACAUAUGUAUAUAUGUAUAUGUUAUAUAAGUGUAUGUAGAUAUGAGAUCCACUACUUUUGUGAAAAACUCUAUCCAACAUUCUUAAAACAUUAUAUGCAUUUUAAUAACUCCAUGAGUAAAAUCUCUAUUGGAAGUGCUCAUAUGUAUCAUCUAAUGAUUAUAAUAUUUUUAAAUUAUGAAUAACUAUGGCUAUAACUGGUAAAUUGUUUUAGAAAUGUAUGGAAUAAAAAGAAUUGGAAUAAAUGGGAUACAAUGGAAUGUAAUGACUCUAAUUUGAGGGAUAAAAUGAAUGAAAUAUAUAUUUUGUAUCCAAUUAUAUUUAAGUUAUUUCAUUCCUCUCAUUCUUUCUAUUCCUCUACUUUUUUCAUCGUGAAAGAAUUUUAACGUAAUUUACAGUUUUUUUUUAUUUAUCUCACAGGAAUGGAUGGAAUCAAAAAGUUUGCUGUUUCCUUGUAACUGGUAGUUUUUAUUUGGAAUUCUUAUGAAUGGCUAAUUUCACGUAAUUCCAUUCAUAAAAAUUACAUUCCAGUUGUAGCCUAUAUAUAUUUUUCUGGAGUCAGUUCCCGUAAAUAAUUUAGAGGUAUUAAUAUAGUGUUGAAAUACUAUAAAAAUUAAUGGAUUCAUCAAUAUAUAUAUAUAUAUGUUUAUUAUAAAACAUAAAUUAUACUCAAUUCAAUAGCAUGCAUUAAUUUCUUGUCUAACGUAAAAAAACGAGGGAACAAGACGAACCUAAACAAGCAUUAAAACGAAAAAAACAAAAAAGAUUUUAAGUUUUGAACUAAAAGGAAAGAUUGUGACAAGAAUGGAACGCUCGUGAAGUUAAGCUUAAUCUUCACUGUGAGUUAAAGAUCAUGUGCCGCUAGAGACACGCUGACUCCAUUUAACUCAUCUGAGCUCUCUUUGUUUUAUUUUUAAAUAUAAACAGAAAUCAAAUCUCUUUUUAUAAAAUAAAAAUGUACAAUUAGAUCUUAUCUCUCUAAAGUAGUCAGUUCUAAAUAUAUUUAACUUUUCGUAGUCAAUAAAUUUUGCGAUUGAUUGCUUUGGUUGACCUUGUAUAUAUAUUUAUACUCGUCUGCUAUUUAAUUAAAGUCUCCUACUCAAAAUUUUAUCUUUAGAUACUCAAAAUUCUCUUAUCAUGUUCAAAUCCUAACACAAUAAAUAUCAUAUUUGUUGGAUGUUUUGAUAUAGAAUAAUCGAGAAGAUGUCUCUAAUAUCUUUUAUUAUCUUAUUAUCUUUCCUAAUAUACGCAUAAAAAUUAUUUUAUUUUGAAAACAAUAGUACUAUGAAAAAAUUAUAGAACUAAAUUAAUUUACUUCAUAAGUUUUAAUAGUAUACUAGAUUGUUUAUCCGCAUAUGUAGACAUUUUUCGUAUAUGUUUAUUAUUAAUACCAAAUUUAUUGAUCAAAAGAUUGCAUUUACAAAAAUAUGAGGGCAAUAGAUAACUUACGAAGAAAAGAAAGAAACAAUGUAAAAACUUAUACUAAGUUAACGUCAAACCAUCUUCACAGCAUGCCUGCUAAGGAGGUGAUUCACGGCGUAGUGCAGUAAGGAGAUACGAUUGCGGGAUUUUCCCAGUGCUUCUGCUGAGCUGAGCUUAUCUUCGGAAAUCCAAGCUCCACCAUGGUGUCUUAAAUUUAUUUCUCUCUAGAUAGCAUAUAACACAAUCUGGAAGGUCAUCCUCAUGAGAACUGUGUCAAUACGAGACCGAGCUGGAAUCAUGAGUGCAGCAACCGUGUCAUCCCAAUCAGGCGUUAUGACUUCUCCAAUUAAUCCUCAUGUUGUGUUCAUUCAGAUGGUAAAAGAAUAGGGGAACACAAAAAACAAGUGGUCUCUAAUUUCAUUUAUCUCUCCAUAGAGCAUGCAGUCUUGAGUUGUGCCCCAUGUUCUCAUUCUGUCACCAAUUGAUAAGCGAGUAAGAAAAGCAAGCUAUACCAUAAAGAAAUGUCUAGGCGCUGCUUGACUGAACCAGACCAGUGGUCUCCGUGGCAUUGCUUCCUACGUUGUUUUGAAAUAGUUCCAAGUAUGAAGUGAAGAGUAACCGGGCUUUAAUUCGUCAUGAUCGAUUUCCACAGUACCAUGUCAGCUCCUGAGUGAGGAUUAGGUGGUGGUGUAGCAGCAAUUCUUUCAUAUAUUUAUGGGCAGCACCUCUGACCCCUAUUUUUUCACAAAUAUUUAUUAUUACAUUAAUUCAAAAAUUAGCAUAAUAAGUUAUUGUUUAUGUCCUAAAAAUUAUGUUUUCUAGACUAAUUUUGUUAGUAUUAAUUUAUAAUAAUGAUUUAAUAUAAUAAAUAAAUUGAAAAUUGUUAAUACAAAAAAUAGUUGUUAAAUAUAUAAUAAAUUAUCUAAUCUAAUAAAUAUAUCUAAAAUUAUUAAUAUAAUUUUUAUUAAUUAUGUAAUAAAUUAUAUAAAUAUUUAUUAAAGCUAUCAAAACCUUGAGAAAGUUCACCAACAAAAGUCAAUUGGCCAACAACAUAUAGACUUUAACAUGACUAAUAGAAAAGGGUAAUGGACGAUGAUAUCUUAUGGAAUUGAACUUGCCAAUCAAAAUAUCAUUUUUCGAAGUUCUAGAAAGUAUUAGGGAUAGAUUAAAUAUCCACAUCCGAAUAUUCAGUCUGAAACCAUCUGAAUUUAGAAAUACCAAAAUAGAUAAGAUCCAGAGUAAAUAUUGGAAUAUGUCCUAAAUUGCUAUAUCUAAAUAAUCAAUAUCAACCUGUUCUUAAUGCCAAAUAAUUAUCGAAAAUAUUUUAAAGAUAAAUAAAUAAUAUAUAUGUAUAUAUGCACACAUUUAUCAGAUUGAUAAAAUGAACCAAACAUAAUUUGAUUUAUAAGUACACAUUUGAAUGAGUCACAUGCACCUAAUUUCGAUAUUUGAACCAUUUCGUAAUAAUUUCACUAUCAAUUAAAGUAGUAUAUAUUAAAAUAUCCAAAUGUAUAAAAUUGAACACAUAUUGAAUAUAGAGAUACAGUAAAAAUUCUAUAAAUUAAUAAUGUUAGAAGUAUAGUAUUUUAUAAAUUUAUAAAAUAUAAUUUUGUAAAAUAUAAAAUAUAUUUGAUUUUACUAUAUAUGCACUAUUAAAAUUUUCAAAUGCAACUUUCAUAUAGCUUUUAUCAUAUGAUAUGGUGUAUAUAAUAUAUGUUUCAUAGAAUUUAAAUAUAGUUUUAGAUAUAAUUCUACUAAAUAUCAUAAAAAUAUAUUAAAAUAUUAAGAAAACAUAAAGAUAAUUUUAUUAUGAAUAUAAAAAUGACACGAUAGUUUUUAUAUAAAUUGUAAUAUACAUAUAAAUUCAGGGAACACUGAACUUUUUUUAAAAAAUCACCAAAAGAACCUCCAAAGAAAAAAAUAACUUUUAUUUUGGAAACUAUUUUAAAACUUUUAUUUUUAAAUUUUAGUACUUAUUAUUUUAUUUUUAAUUCUAAACCCCACCUCCGAAACCCAACCCCUCAAAUCAAAACAUUUAAUCUAUAUUAGUUAACCAUAGGGGUAUAACUGUCUAUUUAUCCUUCAAUGAAACUUUUUUGGUCAUUUUUCGUUGAGAGCUCUUUUGGCGAAAAAUCUAAAAAAUGGUUAUUUUAGAAAAAAUUUCUAUAAAUUAUUUUCAUAUGAUAAACAAAAAAAUUAUUAUUUUAUUAUCUUAUCGAUUUGUGUCAUAUUUAAAUCAGUCUAACUUGGAACUGAAAAAAUUUUAUAUUUAUCAAGUAUUAACUUAUUGAGUUUCUAUUGUAUAUGUUUAGAUAAAUGUACAAAGCUAAAAAUAAAAUUGGUUACUCUUAUAGAUAUAAUCAUUAAGUUAUAGUCAAUGGAAAAUUUAUUAUGUUAAUAUAAAAUUCUUUUAAUUGUGUAAUGAAUUAUAUAUAUAAUAAUCUAUUAAGGAUCCUAACAAUUGUAAGAGCUCUAACUUUUAUCGUGAACUUUUGGGUCAAAAAAGAGUUCGGGUCAAAAAACCAAUUCGUAAAUAAAAAUCUAAAUUUAAAAUAUAAGCGGGAAAAAUGGCUAAUUUCCUAAAUAGUUUUUAGUUUUUGUUCUAUGAAUAGCUUUCAAGGACAAAAGUUUUCAAAAAUAACUUUCAUAAGUGGAUAAAAAUACAAUUGUAUAUUUAAUUACAUGUUUUACUUAAUUAUUUAAUAUAUAAUAAAUAAAUAUUAAAAGUUAAAAUAAUAAAAUUGAUUUUGUUUUUUCAGAAAUAUAUUGAAUGUAACUUUUAUGCAUAUUUAGAAAAGUUUUUCUAAAUAUGUAUGACAUCUUCUUAAAUUUGAUUUAAAUGCAUAUUUAAAAAACAUUACUGAAUAUAAAAAAAUCUUUCUAAAAUUUUACGAUGAUAUUUUAAAUAUUUAUAAUAUCUUUCUAAAAUUUAGAUAUUAAAUACAUGAAUAUCAUCCUAAAAAUUUAGAGAGAUAUUACAUAUAUUCAAGCAUAUAUUGGUAAGUGUCCAUAUAAUUAAGAUUCAGCAAGGUAUUCAUAAUAUAUAUUAGUGAAGGUUUAAGAAUGUACUUUUAAAUACACAUAUUUGAGAAAAUUUCUAAUAACGGAGUUCAGUUUGUACAUAAAGCAGUAUCAGUUAAGUUUUUUUUUUAAAUAAAUUUUACAAUUAUUCUAAAAGACUUUUACCUAAGGCUCGCUUCAAGAUACAAGGAAUUUGCAUCUAAUGAAUCAAAAGUAUAUUGCCAUAUAUUUCUCCAAUGUAUUAAAAUCUGAGAUUUGUUGUUUUGCUCCCCACAGCUCACACUUCGAGUUUUCAUAGAUUCUUGUUGUUUCUACUCUAUCUUUUCAAAACAUAUUUCCUUAAUUUCUUCGCUUAUGUUGGACUGAAAAAAUGUAUAUGGUAAAAAGGAGAAACUGUAUUCUUCAGGUACGAAACUAGGAGGAAUGUAUCAAGUUAAUAGCAUAUACAUGUAGACAUGAAGCGAGUAAGAAACACAAAGUUGGCAGAAAAAAUUUGUCCGUAAACUUUUUGCGCAAUUUGUCCGUAAACUUUUUGCGCUAGCGUAAUAUCAAUAUACAGACAGAAAACUGCAGGUACAUGGAGUUGAUAACAAAAGCAAAAUUACACGAUUUUCUGUUUGUUUGGUGAUUUGAUAUGAAUCGUGAUUUAAAAAAAAAAGAUUUGAUACGAGUUUUUGUGGUGCAACAGAUUAGUGCAUACAUGAAUAAAUUAAUAAUGAACUCAUAUAAAUUAACUACAAGAUCGUGGUCUAAUAGACGGAUUCUGGAAUGCUAAGCAAUCCGGAUUCGAAGAUAUUCCAUUACAAUUUACACUUCACUUUGUGCCUACGUAAUUAUGAUCAUCCAUGUUUUAGUUUUUCUUCAAAUAUCUAGAGUGAAAAAGUUUAUCCGUGAACCAUAACAUCCAUUUAGAGAUUAGUACAGGAUAAACCAAAAAGAAAAAAAAAUCAUUAUGAAUUUAAACUUUUUAAGUGUUCACGUCGGUCGGUGUAAGUGUACGCACCUCCCGAAAUGCAACGUGUGUGUUGUUAAUCAAAGAACAUGGGCGUGUGCGUGCCUUUGUGUGUAAACGCUUUGACCAGUCAAACAACUCACACUUUGUCCCUUUCCUUACAGUCUUCACAAUUGCACCUGUGUCUACGUAGACGUCAAAAGAAAACCAUGGCUAGUGACUAGUGAGUAAUUAUAGUAUUUCAAAGGAUCUCCGUAUUUUCUUAAAUACUUCCGCUGUUUUCGGAAGUAAGAUAUUUUAGAUUUUUUACUUGUUCCAUAAAAAUAGUUUUUUCUAUAUGUUUAAGAUAUUUUAUUAUACUUUUAAAAACAUUAAACAGAAAUAUUUAAAUUUAUUAAAUUUCAUUGGUGAAAAGUUAUUGAAAAGUGUUAAAAAAAUUUAAAAUUAUAAAUAUUUAUUAAAUUUUUAAUAAGCGUGAACACUUUACAAAAUUUUACUUUCGGAAAACAAAGGAAGUAUAAUUUAAAAAUCAUGAUCAAAGUUAAUUUCAAAAACUUGUGAUAUAGUGUUCUUACCAUUAAAUUUAUUGUUAUAUAUAAAAAUAAUUUUACAGCUUCUUGCCACUAAACUACAUGCACGGCCGGAUUUUUAGACCAAGAUCAAUAAAACAUUAGUAUUGAUUUCUAAAACUUUUAUAUGCUUUUAACAUAAAAGCAGAUGUUCAAAUUAUUUUUAAAAAAUUAUAAAAUUUUAUAAUAAAUGUGUAAGAGUUUCAAAUUCUCAGAUCGGGUUUUGACUAGAUAACAUAACUUUAUAUGUUAUAAUAUUCUUUAAAAGAAAUACUAAAUUUUCCUUUGUUAGAUAUAUUGUGUCAUGUUUUUGAAUUAAUAUUUUUAAACUUUAUAUUUUUGAUGUAAACUAAAUAAUAACUCGAAACUAACUAAGACAGUAACGUAGAAAAAGGUUUUAGAGAUAUAUUUCAGAAUCUUUAAUAAAAUAAUAUAAUAAUUAAUUCGGUUUUGCUGUCAACAUUUCGAUUUCAAUUAGUGGAGAAAAAUGUCAUUUCCAGAAUAAUCCUUUGAUUUUUUUUUAAGAAAAAGCGUAUAUCAGUUAGAAAUCAAUAUGUUUCAAAAAAAAAAAAAAAAGUUAGAAAUCAAUAUAAUAAUUGAAUAAAAAAGUACCUGUGGACGUGGUGGACGAAACCCUAAAUAUCGAAAAUGUAGAUUUAGAGAGUCGAAUUUCGAGGAAUGGAUAUGCAUAUUAUACUUAUAAAAUAUAGUUCCUUCUCUUGAUAAGCGCACAAAAUUCAAUUACAUAUCUUCUUUUAGUUUAACAUUUUUACCGUAGAUAUAACAGCAUAUAUAUCAUAGACGGUCGGUCUGCUCUUGUAAAGGAGAUUACCAAAUACAUAUUUCACUAACUAAUACUCCAUCUAUUUUAUAUUAGAUAAUGUGUUAUCCUAAUGCAUAAAUAUUUGAAACACUACCGUUAUUAAAAUAUAUUAUUAAAAUAUAAUUUAAAAUUAAUUUAACUAAUUAUAAAUAGAAUAAUAAAAAUACAACUGGUUAGACUGUUUUUAAUAAAGUUAAAAUUAUAUAGGUUUGUGCAAUUACGAAACAGUAUUUUUUGUUAAAAACAUCAUGUAUAUUAAAAUAAAGUAUUAUUUUAUGGCGUUGCCAAACUUUAUUAUGUUUAAAGAAUUAAGAUUAAUUAUUUUAGUUAAUAAAAACUCUUAAGUACUCCCUCUGUUUUUAAAAGAUGCAUAUUCUAGAUUUUACACAUAUAUUAAGAAAACUCAUUAAAUAUGCAUUGUUUUUUGUGAAUAACAAUUUUCCAUAACUUUAAACCAAUAGAAAUUCAAUAAACACCAUUAAUUUUUUUGAAACUUAUAAUUUUUCAUAAAAUCAUACAUUGAAAAAGUAAAAAAUGUAUCUUUUUAAAACAAAUUUUUUUUCUAUAACAUACAUCUUUUUUUUCUAUAACAUACAUCUUUUACAAGCCUUUGGAAAAUUUUAUGUCCAUUAAAGUAUAAUUAGUUUAGUUAGUUGAAACAUACCUUUGGAAAAUCUAACAUAUGAACUGUACUAACGCAAGUGUCGAAUUCCAAACUGGAAACAUUUCAAUAAGUUUACAAUUUAAGGAAAUUUUGGGCUAGACUCAACAAUAAGGUUAUACAUAUCAUUAUGUCAAACUUAGAUCUAUAUAUAUACAUAUUAAAAUUAUGAGAUUCUCUGAAAUCGAUAUAUAAUAACAAAAGUUGUCAGGAGGGAUAUAAUUCAAUAUUUGAAAAACAAGAUUCGCAUUAAAAAAGGCUAAUUUCAUUGUUUGUCUAUAUUUUCCAUUAACAAUUAUUAAAAAAAGCCUACUAAAUACUACCGUCACUUCACUUUUUUCCUUCAUACUCUCAUCUUUACUGACUUACUCUCUCUCUCUCUCUCUCUCUCUCUCUCUCUCUCUCUCUCUCUCUCUCUCUCUCUCUCUCUCUCUCUCUCUCUCUCUCUCUCCUUUUCCCGGCAUAACCUGUGUGUGAUCCUAAAGUCCAUAACCUGUUUCAUCCAUAAAGUAUAGUUUGCUUCAGUACCUAUUAUACUCUUACUAGUUUCGAAUUAUAUUCAAACUAAACAAAAGAAAUGUCGGGAAGAAUAUCACGUUCGAGGCAAGUAUCAGGAACUUCAAGGAUCUCAGAAGAACAGAUCAAUGAUCUCAUUAUCAAGUUGCAGCAGCUUCUUCCUGAGCUCAGGGACAGUCGUCGCUCUGACAAGGUUUCAGCAGCGAGAGUGUUACAAGAGACGUGCAACUACAUAAGGAAUCUGCACAGAGAGGUUGAUGAUCUAAGUGAGAGGCUAUCUGAGUUACUUGCAAAUACAGACACUGCUCAAGCUGCUUUAAUCAGAAGCUUACUUACCCUAUAAUUCAUAUCUUCUUCUUCUUCUUUUCUACUAAUAAUAAUAAUAAUAGUAUGCGGAUUUGUUUUUCUAUAGAUGAUAUGACCUUAUAGAUUUUGAUGUUAUGAGUUCGUCACUUUCUGCGUCGGUCAUAAAUAUUCGCUUGUUUCCUAA